AUGUUCUUCCUCAGGACCAUCUGGAUGCAGCAGAGAUAUGGUGUGUGGUGGGAACACGUUCUCACAAGCUGGACGGACACUGAAUGGAGGAUCAAUUUCAGAAUGAGAAAGACAACGUUCUUGGAAUUGUGCAACAUCCUUCGGCCAUACCUUCAUAGAGAAACAACAACUUUCAGGAAACCAGUGCCGGUGGAACAGCGUGUGGCGAUCAGCAUCUGGAGACUAGCCACAAACGUAGAGUUCAGGACCAUAGCCCAUUUAUUUGCAAUUGGACAGUCAACUGCUGUUACUAUUGCUAAUCAUGUUGCAUCAGUAAUAGUGGACAAGUUGCUGCCCCUUUAUAUCCGGACACCCUCAGUGGAUGAAGUGCAGAUCAUAAUUCAGGGCUUCCGUGACCGGUGGGGAUUCCCGCAAUGUGGAGGUGCUAUUGAUGGUACUCAUAUUGGGAUCUUGGCUCCACCUGACUGCCCUGCAGACUAUUACAAUCGUAAAGGUUUUUACUCUGUCAUCCUGCAGGGUGUGGUUGACCAUCGACUUCGGUUUUGGGACAUAAAUGUGGGCUGGCCGGGCAAAGUCCAUGAUGCACGAGUGUUUGGCAAUUCAUCACUGUUUGAAAGGGGUCAGAGUGAUACACUGUUUCCUGAUAUCAAAGAAAGGUUUGCUGGUGUAGACGUACCAAUUGUCAUUUUAGGGGAUGCAGCAUAUCCGUUGUUGCCAUGGUUAAUGAAGCCAUAUCCAGAAACACAACAAACAACCCCUGCACAGAUAACCUUUAACAACCGACUAAGCAGAGCACGGAUGACUGUUGAGAGGGCAUUCGGUCUUCUUAAGGGAAGAUGGAGAUGUUUAAUGAAGCGCUAUGACUGCCAAAUUGAUAACAUCAAUACCAUAAUCUCUGCUUGUUGUGUGCUUCACAAUUUUUGUGAAAGUAAUGACGAGGAAUUUGAUGACAGAGACCUUCGUGUUCAUGAAGAUUUUGAGUCUCGUGAAUGUAACCCUCUUAAUUCCAACACUAUGUCAGGUGCCUAUCGAGAUGCACUAUGUUCAUAUUUUGCAAAUCUGUAA